UCAAGCCACUGAAAGUGUAACCAAUCAGUCUCAGUUUGCUCCAAUGGAAAGUCAGCAAACAAUGAAUCUAAAUGCAUGGACUCUGUGUGAUUUAGAAGUCCAACAAUUAAGAGAUAUGUUCCCUGACUGUCCUGCUGAUGUUCUGAAAGAAGCAUCAGAACAAUCUGUAACAAUUGAUGCUGCAAUAGACUUCAUUAUAAGUAAUCCUGCACAAGCAACAUAUGUUACUCCUAAUGGCUGUAAUGAUGCUCCUAAUUGCCUGAAUGAUGCAGCAUCCCUCCAAGACAUUCUAAAGAGAUUUAAGCCAGCACCUGUUGCUCCAUCAAGGUUAACUGUGAGUAGAGAAACCAUUUUCUCUGAUUGCAUAGCUUUCUUCAAGCAAAGAAGGUUUGAUUUCACAAAACCUUUAAAAGUUACUUUUGAAGGAGAGCCAGCUAUUGAUGGUGGAGGGCCAAAGAGGGAAUUCUUUACCGUUGCUCUACGUUCAUUGUUGUCACCUUCAGCAACACCUCGCCUCUUUGAGGGCAGAAAUGAUCGCUUUUUGCCAAUGCAUAACACUGAUGCACUCCGUGCCAACCUCUUCAAAGUUGCUGGUCGAAUGGUGGCUUCUUCCAUAUUGCAAGGGGGGCCAGGGUUUCCCCAUUUCCCAAUGUCUGUGUAUUCAUAUUUUCAAAACCCAACCCCUGAUGACCUAACAGAGUACCUUUCACAAGAUGAUGUUGUUGAUUUUGAUCAUGUGAUGGCUUUAAGUAAGAUAGACAGCAUUUGCAAAGAGGACGAUGUGAAAGGAGUUGCUGGUGAUGUACAGCAAUUGUUGGUGGAAACUGGAUUUCCACAUGCUCUGAGCCUAGAAAACCGUUUUCAGGCCAUGACUUCGCUCUGCCUUCAUGGAAUUAUACUCUCAAGGAAAGCAGAGCUUGACCAGUUUGUGUGUGGUAUGGGACCAUUGGUCGACAUAAUUAAGAAACAUCCAAAGGAAAUUGAGCCACUUUUUCUUGCUGGUACCAAGAAGCCACUAAGUGCAGAAGAGUUUCUCUCCCUUGUUGAGUAUGAAGAUGUGAAUGAUGAAGUAAAGCAACAUUUUAUCCGUUAUGUGGAAUUACCAGCUACACGGGUAAAUAGCCUUUUAAUGUUUGCAACCGGUGCUGAUGCAGUCCCACCAAUGGGUUUCUGCAAUCCAUCAUAA